AUGCGAUUUCUAUAUGCGGGGCGCUCAAAACCCCGUCGGCUGUCCGCUAUAUUUCUUCUCUUAUUGGCGAUAGUGUUGUUUGCUCAGGUGUCCCAUGCCCAAAAUAAAGGCGACAGCAAUGCCGCAGCAACCACGGAGGACACGAAGGCUACUGAUCCAGCAACAACCGAUAUUGUGACGACGACUGACCCCAAAAACAAAAGCGAUGCUAAAACCACGGAUGCAGCGACCGCAUCGACAGAUUCCCAGACCAGUGCAACAGACUCGGCGACGGCCACUUCCACAGGCUCGACUGCUGCGAAUGGAUUCCCCGUCAUGACCGUACCACCGACAGCGGAUGCGCCAUACAUGAAGGCAUCGAAUACACCUGAAGGGACGGUCUUCAUAGCUGUAGGCGCAGCCCUCGGUCUGAUCGGGCUGUCGGUGCUGGCCUGGCGUGCACUCGUCGCUUGGUCCGUCAACCGCUCCGUCCGCCGCGCAGCCCUCAUGCACGCCUCGGAGAAGAAGAGUCUCCUCCGUAACAAGCGAAAGAGAUCGUCAAGGCAUUCCCGCGUACCCACAGCGAACAUGUCCCUGGAAAAGCUCCCCCCACACCACCGCGGCAGCUACAACCCGAGAGCGUCCCAGAUCCCAAGCACCGGCAGCGGUCUUUUCUUCUCGCCCACCGCGGGUGCAGGCAUGCAUACAAGUGGAAACAGAGGCUCCAGCUACCUGCCAGCGGGCUACUACGCCGCCGGCAACGUGACCCCAGGCGGUAGUGGGAACGUGCCAUUGACGCCGGGAGAGGCACCGCCCAACUCGCAGGGCUACAUCCGAACGAAAUCCAACCCGAGUCCCCCGGGAUCGCCGGGCCUGUCGCCCGGUGGUCCCCGUGAUACCCAGUACAGCAACCAUGCCAGACAUUCGUAUGUCGGCGGGUCCACCAGCUCUCUGAACCUGACGUCUCCUCCGCAGGGGCGAACCCCCAGUGCCUUCCUCGAGGACCUCUUCGAAAGCCAUGCUCCGCAGUCGUCGGAUAUCAGUCAUAGAUGA